AGAUAAACUGGAAACUACUGUAUAUGAAAAAUUUGUGAGUGGACUUCCCUAGCCUCCCUCAAGCCGUCACGUACUUGAAUAUGAACGUGGAUAUGAAUCAGUCUCUCUUUGUGUCGCUUUACUACAGAACAGAAGACAGGUGAAUGGUUGGUUCCUUGUAUGGAAAUUCUUCCUAUCCCGCUUCCGCUUUGUCCGUGAUCUGCUAGGAAGUCGAUCCGAAUCCAGGACUGUUGCUGAGCUCAAGACUGGUAGGUCGAGAGCCAAGAAGACAAGACGAGAAUAACUUCACCUAGUCUGCAGUCUAAGCACAUCUCUCAAGAUGAAUAUCCGCUGUGCAAGACCUGAGGACCUUAUGAAUAUGCAGCAUUGUAAUUUGUUAUGCUUGCCAGAAAAUUACCAAAUGAAGUAUUACUUUUACCAUGGUUUAUCUUGGCCUCAGUUAAGUUAUGUUGCUGAAGAUCAGAAAGGAGAGAUUGUGGGUUACGUUUUAGCCAAAAUGGAAGAGGACUCUGAAGACAACCCCCAUGGCCAUAUUACAUCUCUUGCUGUCAAGCGGUCUCACAGAAGGCUUGGACUUGCCCAGAAGCUUAUGGACCAGGCCUCUUAUGCUAUGGUUGAAUGUUUUAAAGCUAAAUAUGUAUCGCUGCAUGUGAGAAUUUCAAACAGACCUGCUUUACAUCUCUACACCAACACAUUGAAGUUUGAAAUUUCUGAAAUUGAACCUAAGUACUAUGCGGAUGGAGAAGAUGCCUAUGCCAUGAAGAGGGAUCUAUCAUCAUUUGCUGCACAAGUUUCUGAAGUGAAAGUCCCUUCCCCUGAUAAAAUACCCUGUAUUAGUAAGCUAGAAAUUGUAGACUGAUUGUGAAGUGUUGUGAUUGAUAUAUAUUGAUGUGAUGCUGCAUCAUUUCCUGCUUUAUAUUUCUGCACUAAAUAUCCAACAUCAUUUUAAAUGAAGGCAUUCACAGGGUACUGAGAACAAAUUGUUGACUUCUCAUCUAUUGCCAAAUCAACUUGACUUCCCCAUUCAUUAACUUACUUCCUGCUUUGAACCUGCUACUAUGUCUCAAAGGCAACAACUUCCUCUGACUGAAAACAUAUUUUUUAGAAAUUUUAAAGUAAAUUAUUUUUACUUUUGCUAAACUGUCAUUAUGUUUGCACUGUGUCUGGGUUUAGAUUGUUCUGUGUGUUUAAAAAUGCUGUAAAUAUUCUUUUUCUGAACGUAGUGGGAAUUUGUCUCUAACUGCUUUGAAUUUGUUUAUUAUAUUGAUAGACUAUUAGAUUAUCUACCGGUAUUCAGUUUGCAAUUUUACAUCUGUGCUGCAUAUAGGAUGCCAUUGAAUCCAGGACAUCUUCAUCUCUCCUUGUUUUUGUGGAUGUACCUGAGAUGAGGCUGUGUCAUCUUUGUGGGUCUCUUGGUCUUAUUUGAUGAUUGAGUGUUUGGUAUGGUUGAACGAGUUGACCUAUCUCAUAAAGUGAUGUAUUCUUCAAAAACUUUCUGUAAAUAUUGGCUGAGUAAAUUUUCUGAGUAUUUA